AUGCCAUUUAGUUGCUUCUUCUUAUUCUUAGCUAUUGAAGUGAAUGGUGAGUACACUUACUAUUUUCUAUGUUAACACUGAUAGGUAGGAAACUCCAGCAACUGACGUUUUGUUAAUUAGUCAUUAUGAUUUUCUUUUUUAAAAAAAGAAAGAAAAGAAACCCUGCACAAAGAUUGCCACAAUUCUCUGAUGGAUAUCUGGAAUUUUGAGAGACCAACAUUUCAGAUGUAUUAGAAAUGCAAACGUUAGGUUUGUUCAGCAGCUGUUAGCACACCAGCAUGCCAAUACACACCGUCUUUUUAAUGAUCUGUAAGUGUAUGCUCAGCUCUGAAUUCUAGAAUCCCAGCACUGAUCUCAAAUACAGCUUCAGACUGGCUGCAGAGCUGCAUUCAGAAUUCGGUGCUGCUGCUAAGAAUUAUACCAUGGUAGCUGUGGCUGAUUUUGUAUUUGACUCUUUGCUUUUCAGAAGUUUUCAGUUGUUCUACCAUGCUGUUUCAAAGUAGUAUGCAUGCCCACUUGGUUGAAGCUUACCACAGGAUUUUUAUUCCUGCCAUGAGAAGUAAUAGCAAAUGGAGAAAACUGGCAAAGUUUUGAUCAUCAAUCACUUCUGUGUGGCUUCGUUGACUUAAGAUAUACUAGCAGGGAGGGUGCCUUGCAGGUCCUCUAAGGAAUGUCUAGUUGUGGGACGGUUGUGCUGCAUGAUAAUAUUAGCUCUGGCUUAUAUUUGGCAUAGCAAAUAACUGGUAAAUGUGACUGUGAAUACCUGUGGCUGAGAUGGUAUAUAUAAAAUUCUAUAAUAUUCCGGCUUGUUUUGGACCAAUAUAUUUUAUUUCACUUUUCUUAAACUUUAGAUAGAUAGAUUGAUUGAUAGAUGGAUAGAUAUAGCUAUAGUUGAAAUACAUAUUUAUGGGGAGGGAGAAUACCUUUCUUAAACACCAUUAAGGUUCUGUAUAAUGCAAAGUGCUCACUGGAAGGACAGGUCCUGAAGCUCAGGCUCCAAUACUUUGGCCACCUCAUGAGAAGAGAAGACUCCCUGGAAAAGACCCUGAUGUUGGGAAAGAUUGAGGGCACAAGGAGAAGGGGACAACAGAAGAUGAGAUGGUUGGACAGUGUUCUGGGAGGCAGUGGAAGACAGGAGUGCCUGGUGUGCUCUGGUCCAUGGGGUCACAAAGAGUCAGACAUGACUAAAUGACUAAACAACAACAAAACAACAAUAAUGCAAAAGCAACUUAGAAAGAACAUUUUAAUCAACUGAGUUGUCUCUUUAAUCAUAUGCCUGUAGAUCCUUUGAAAAUAUUCAAGUGACGUGUGCUGUCCAUUUACCUGCUUAGAGACAUGGGUUGGAUCCAAAGGCACAAGGCACUUCUUCCAUUAUAGAAAGGCUUCCUUUGGUGAAGAAGGGAACCUCUGGAGCCAAUCCAAGGCUUCUCCACAGACAUCUAAACAAUAUUAGGCUCCCCUGUGGCAGUGAGGCUGCAGCCUUCCUCUCCCUUCAGUUGCCUCAGGCAUCAAAUGCUGUGGGCUGCAGGAUCUUCGGCCAAGCUCUCUAGUUCUGCUGAGCUGGGUGUAUCAUACAGCCUGUCAGGCACCCCUUAAACUAGCCUGCUGUCCUCGGGCAUGGUGGAAGAUGCAGUCUUAAUGCCAGUGUUGAAUUAAGAUUCUUCAGCCAGUCCCGGCAGCUUCUAUACAUGUAGUAUGAAGUGCAAUGUUGUCCUUUGCCUCAGGCAGCAAAAAAAUGGAAAGGAUAGGGUGGUGAUGGCAGGCACUGUGCGUGCUUUGGCCAUAUACCAAGUAAUUGUGGAUGGAGGAGAUAAAAGUUGGCAAAGCAUUUUGCACACCAGAGUGUUGCUUAAGCAAUGGUGUUAUGGAUGACAGCAGUGCACCUUUUUGGGUAGGUGAAAAUGCACAAUGGAGCAUUGGUCCAAUGUAAGGCAUUCAUCCAUAAUCCUAAUCAUGCUGCCAACACACCAGCUUCAGUAGUCUGUGAGCAGCAUGUAUUAAUGAGCACACUGUUGUCCUUGAGUUGCAUGCUCUGUUGCACAGAAAACGUUCUGAGAGUGCAAACAGCAAUUUGGGAAGAAGGGGAACUAACAUCAAACUGUAAGAAGAACAAGGACUUAGGUUGUUUAUUAGAAAAGCAAGCAGUUAGGCAGCUAUUUGCUGUGGAAUUUAAGUCUCUUGCUUCUCUUCAUACAUAUCCACAAUGACUAAGAUAUUAGAGAAUGUCCUCUAAUAUUAUGCAAUAAAGCCGGGGGGGGAGGGAAAUAAAAGUUUUAUCCUUCCCUUCAAAAUAAGUUAUUCCUGCUUCAUGUCAGACUAUUAUUAUUAUUAUUAUUAUUUAAUUAUAUUUAUUUAUAUCCUGCCUUCUCCCCAUACUGGGACUCAAGGCUGCUUACAGAUAAAAGAGAGAAAGCUAAAAACAUAGAAAAGAUAGUCAUUAAAGAGGAAGUCAACACUAAUAGAUUUAAACCAAUAUAAAAUAUGUUAAAAAUACACAUAACAACAACAACAACAACAACAACAAAGCAUCACAGCAGUAGCCCUAUCCUUUCAGUUCUUAAAGGCCUGUUGGAAUAAAAGGUUGUCACCUGCCAGCUGAAGAUCAACAAGGAGGGAGCCAGUCUAACUUCCCUAGGAAUGGCAUUCCAAAGUCUCUGUUCAAUGUUUCCAAACUGCAUUUCUUUUUAAUUGCACUGUUGUUUCAAUUUUCUUGGUCUUUCCAUGUAUACACCUUUCACUAGUUAGUUAGUGAGUUAGUUAGUUAGUUACCGUAUUUUUCGCUCUAUAAGACGCACCAGACCAUAAGACGCACCUAGUUUUUGGAGGAGGAAAACAAGAAAAAAAAUAUUCUGAAUCUCAGAAGCCAGAACAGCAAGAGGGAUCGCUGUGCAGUGAAAGCAGCAAUCCCUCUUGCUGUUCUGGCUUCUGGGAUAGCUGUGCAGCCUACAUUCGCUCCAUAAGAUGCACACACAUUUCCCCUUACUUUUUAGGAGGGAGAAAGUGAGUCUUAUGGAGCGAAAAAUACGGUACAUUUCUAUCAAACUUCUUCCUCUUGCCAUCCCCCCCCCCAACCCUGUGAGGUAGGCUAGACUAAGAGGCAGUGACUGGUCCAAGGUCACCCAGUGGAUUUCAUGGCUGUGUGGGGAUUCGAACCCUGGUCUCCCAGGUCCUAGUCCAACCACUACAGCAUUGUGACUUCAGUAUCAAAGCGAUUCACAUGCAAAAGUUUGCAGCUAACACUGAACAUCUUUUUAUAAGAGGAUAUUCUAAGUUAUCUCAAGACAGCCCAAUGAACAUCAGAUGAUCACAGAUUAUUGAGGGUUCGUAUAUUUUUAACCUUCCUGGAGAAGCGAUCUUGGGGUAUGAGGUCCAAAACCUGCUUGCGCUCUUUUCUGUGACAGUUUGAUUUCCAUAUUCUCUGUCUUAUCCUUCGGCAAUUUCCAGUAUUGUCUUAGAUGACUCACCUAGCAUAUUUUUAACUUUAGAAAAUCUUGCUUUAGGUCCUAAAGCUCCAGAAACGUGGUUGUUAUUAUAAAUGAAGUGCCAGCAUGAUCAAUGUCACAUAUAAAGCUGGUGGCUGAACAAAAAGUCUGUAUCUAAAGUGACAUUAGAAGAGGGAGAAGGAAACGUCACUUUUGCGUACGGAAAUACGCGGCAAAGGCUCUAUUUCCUCAGGAAAGGCAUUUUUAAUAAGGCUGGGAUGAAUUCUCUCCCCUGUUUCUCAAAAUUCUCUACAAAACAGGAGCCAGUUUUCUGCUGCUUCUGUAGAGGAGGUGGAGAAAUUUCUCUUUAAAAACCAGGUGUCAGUUACUGCUUAGUUUACUAGGCCUCACCAGGAAGUGCAGUGCAAACAAUGGGAAGCUGUGGAGAGUAUGGUGCCCUGCCUGGAAUGCCUUGUGAUGCAACAAAACAUGGUAUAAAAGAUGCUAAUGUUUUUCAGUUCUGUUUAUGAGCAACAUUUUGUUUAAAAGUGUGCCAAAAGGGAAGGAGCAAAGCCAUUCCCAACUGAUUAUGAAAACGCAAGAGUUAUGUUCCAGAUGUUUAUUUCAGGAGUCAAAGUCUCAUUUCUGUGCUUUCACCCAGAACUAUAUCUCUGGAAUGAAACAAAAACAGUGAAUACUAAAUAUGUGAAUAAACACAAAUGACCACCCAAAUAUAGGAAGGACACAAGCUGUUAUAAGAGUAUUCCUCUAAAAGUGUAUAGUUUGAACAUAGCUAGCUGAAUGAACACUUUUUAUUCACUCGGCACUGGCUGUGAACUCUCUCCAUGUGGUAGAAGAGGAGACAGGAAUGCUAACAAGAUUUUCUGCAACCAACAUAUUGUGCAGGGAUGGAGACCUCUGCCCCACUCGCAAAAGAAGACACAAAGUUGUGUAUGCUUUGUGUCGUAUCUAUAUUUGUAUCCUCUUUUGCACAUGGGGUGGAGGGCCUAAGAGUAAAUCAGAGGCCACACAUGAGUAAUAAGAUGUCCAACAGACAGCAUGUCAACAAGUGAAGCUCUUCUCAUCAUUGUAUUUCAGUACUGCCCCCGGAAAUGCUCAACCUGCUGAAUUUCUCUCUGCCCACACAGCUGUCAAAAACAUGAACCCUGCCGUUCUCCAAAGCUAAGCCUACACCAGGCAAAGAAUUCAAGUUACAUGAGUUGCAAAUCAGUUGGAUCUUUCAUCAAUGGAUCUUAAACUGACAAAACUAUGUUCAGCCUAAGAUUAGACAUGGUAUUUCAAGAGGGGUGGUGGUAAUCAAGAGAGAUUUAAGAGCCACAGAAGCAAGGUUCAGGUGCCCAUGCUUGGAUAAAUGCAAGAUUAAAUUGUGAAAAAGCAAGCAGUAUAUUUUAAGAGCAUUUGUUGCUGUUUUUUAUUAUGUGUACUUAAAUGUUUAUUAAGUAAAUAUUUAUUAUUUAGUAAACAUUUUUAGAAAGUGCCAAAAAUAGUACUGUGAAAGCACUGGCCUCAUGUCGAUAGUCAAGGAGUCCCAAAGUAAGAGUGCCUAAAAAGAAGAAACAAAAGACUACUUUGCUGUGCAUGCACCAUAAAUGUGAAAAAUUAAAGGAUUGCUCAUGUAAUGCUGCAACUGCCUUGCACAAUGAGACCCAAUAUGUGCAUAUCAAGGCUGUUUUCAGAAGCGAUAUGAAGAACACGUGCCAUGACUGCAUCUGUUCUGUGUGUCGUUCAUGUGAUCAGGGAGAAGAGCAACAGAAGCUGCUGGCAGUUAUGUGGGAUGUGCGCAGAACUUUUUGCUCCUUAGCUUGAAGAACCUGCUUUUCCUUCCUUUCACCAGCAUUUGAUGUUGUAGGGACUAGGAAAUCAGCUCCUGAACCUGCACCAAGAAUGCAGAUCUGUUCUAAGCUAGUAAAAUCAAUUUGGUUUCUCAACUGGAAACUGAGGAAGUUCAUGAAGGAACAAUGUGUUCAGUUGUGACCCCAUGUGAAUCAGAGUUUCAUGCAUUACUGAAACCACUUUGGGUGUAAUCACAGGGGAAUGGAAAGUCUGCAUUUGUUCUAGAGUGUUCUGAAGAGCUAUUGCAAAAACAGGCAUGCACAUUUUGUUUGUGUGUAUAUAUUAUACAAAAACUAACAAAAAUUAUCCAUAAUAACAUUCCAAACUCUAUAAAUUCAGUUGUGCACUCACAUUUGCAACAAAUAGCAUGAUCUUUAGCACAUUUACUCUUAGAAGAAGGUUCCAAUGAUUAAGUUAAACUUACCUUUAUAUAAAUGUUUGCAAGAGUGCAGGCUGAGGAUCACUACAAAUAUUGCGUGGGAAAUUAAAAGAACUGAUGCAAAAUUGUAAGUAACCCAAGCUGUAACACUCUUAAUUCAGUGCGCUUGAACAGUUCAACAAUGUAACCUAAACAUUGAAAACCUUUCAGUAAAGCCUAGCCUCUUUCUGGUGUUUAUUUUUUAAUAGCGCUUCAUGCUGCUUCAGGAACUCAGGAUUUUGGAUUUGGAAUUGCAUGUCCUCUUGGCUAUUUCCCUUGUGGGAAUAUCACAAAAUGUUUGCCUCAGCCCCUUCACUGCAAUGGGAUAGAUGACUGUGGGAAUCACGCAGAUGAAGAGAACUGUGGUAAGUUGACAGUUUUUCCACAGUGGCUCUCAGUGUGAGUUAACAAAGCCUUUGGUACUACAUCACAAUUCUUGUUUUCUCAGUAGCUACUCUGACAAAAAAAACUUGGUAUUGGGUUGGGUUGGUUUUUUUAAAUAACUAAGUAUUUUUUAAGCAUUCUCUUAGCAUCGGUCUGGUAUAAGCUGCUUGGUUAGCAAGACUCUAAAAUCACCUCAUGUUCUAAGAAGAACUGAUUUUGUAUAUAUUGAACCUUUCCUAUCUAUCUAUCUAUCUAUCUAUCUAGACAAUAUUUCCCCCCACCUUUUCCACUAAGUGGUGUACAAAGAAUACAACACAACGAAAAUGAAAAUAAGUUAAAACUAUAAAUUCAGAAUUCAGUUAAAUGGCUGCUGGAAUGAUGGUGAUGAGGAUGAGGAUGAGGAUGCCUUCAGUAUGUGCUGGAAGUUCAACAGAGAGGAGGCCUAUCAGACCUCAACUAGAAGGAAUUUCAUAAAAUUGGACCCAUAAUACUGAUCAUACAACACUGAUCUAUGGUGGAUACAAGCGAUGCAUCUGAGGCAUGGGGGACCACAAACAUUGACUCCACCGAAGACCUCAGUGAUGAGGCAGAGCUAUAAGGGAUCAGGAGGCCCUUGAGGAAUCCUGCUCCCAAGUUGUUAAGGGCCUUGUAAAUUUAUACACGAACCUUGAACCUGGCCCAGUAAUGUAUGGGCAGCCAUGGUGCAAGCUUUUGAGCAUGGAGCUAUAUAAUGGGAUUAUGAUACAGAAAAGAUGGAAAUUCACUAAUGUCAAUGUAAUAGGACGUAUGCCAAGGAAUUGGAACAAUAGUCCUUUUUUUUCUAACGUAGGAACUACCUAUGGAUGUAUGUUAGUAUAUAUGUAAAGCACACUGUUCUGUGUGCUCAAGUGAUGAUUAAAAAGUGGAUAGAUAUCAUUUGCUAAUGAAAAUCACAUUAAGGCUGGAAUCCUAAACAUCAUGGGCCUUGUUGAACAUUGCAGGACUUCCAAGUAAACAUGCCAAAUUACUUGGUAAACUAAAUUGACUUCACUACUACUAAUGCCUGAAUCAGUGCAAGACCAUAACCAUAGUGGGGAAACAACCAGGAUUUUUUUUUAGAGUGGGGGUUGCUUUAAAUAUAUAGUGUGUAAGCAGCCUUGGAGGAAAAAAUAGUGGUCCAAAAUGGCCCCGGUCGUGGUGAUUAGAGACAUGGCUUCUAUCCCAUCUUUUAUUGUAAUUCUUCAAAAUUGCUUCUUGGCAGAGAACAAGCUGUUUCUGGCAGAGUGCACACUCUCCCCUUUGAAUAAUUGUGUCAUAGCAGAGGAACAUGGUUAGAACAAGAAGGAGAGAAAUACAAAUGGUUUUCCCUAGGGCAGUGUGUCCAGACUUUUAACUGAGCAGAAAGAUUUGUGUCUAAUAAGUAGCAAAUCCAUAGAUGAAUAAUUAUAUCUUUUUUACAAGUGAGGUUGUUUUUGACAGUGACAACAACCUAAAGGGACUUCCUGCCCUCUAGUAGUAGCUGGAAAGGAGGCACAGUGCAAAUGGGGAAAAUGGAGGGGAGCAUCAUCAAUGGCAUAUCAUUUGUGAACUAAAAAAAGCAGCAGUAAAUACCAAUCACAUUUGCUGGAUUCCACAAGCAAUUUCAACUGGAAUUCUCUGAGACAUGUUUAGAAAUAGUAAAUGAUGAUGAUGAUAUUUCUACUGUGUAACUUCUAUUAGGUGAUAACAGUGGAUGGUCUCAGCAGCUGGAUGCAAUUUAUGAUAAAAAGGCUUUUCAAUAUUCCUUGGACUUGGAAACAGAUGAAUGCUGUAAGUAGGAAGAGAAAUAAAUUGUUUACUUGUAGAAUUUGAAGGGAAAGCAUACCACAGAUCUGGAGACUGUGAAACCAAGUUUCUGUGGGCAUGUGGACAUUUCAGUUCUGUUUUAGAAAGACACUGGGACACAAAGCUUUAAAACAAUAUAACUUAAAAUUGCUUUAAAUCACAUUGAUCAAGUGAAAGUUGGAAUGUGUGUCCUCAACAAUCCUGAAUUAAGCCAGGAUCAUGACAUAAUAAUAAAUCAUGGUUAAUGCAAGCCACAGUUCAUAAAUAAUUUCAAACCAUGGUUUCAAAUUCUAGAUUGUUGGCCACAGACCAAAUCAAACAUAUGAACUACAAUAAGCGAAACAAACCACAGUCUAAGUAUUACAUGUGGACCAGGCCAGUAAAUUUUGAAGUUUACAGCAUGACACAAAUGGUUAUUUGAAAACACUUCUGACAGGUAGAAGAAAAGCUUUCUGACGUUCCAUUCCCCUAUCCUGUGUGUCUGAGCACUACACUGCUGAUUUCCACAGGCCUUGCAGAGUGAAGAAAGAAGCAUGCCUCCAGUUUUAUGCUUACUGCAGCAAUGUUUUCAGUGAAAACUGCCCGACAUGUUUUAAUGAAAGGUCUUCUUUGGGGUGAAAAGGUCUUCAGGUGUCUUAUUCUGCUUCAUUCAUUGAGGCAACUUAUUUAUAGGUGUGGGAUGUGAAACACAAGAGCAGUCAAUUACAACAUUCCUAGAGUGUACAUGUUUAGACAUGGGGAGGGAUGUUUGUCCAGCCAGCAAGUAAGCUUCCUGUUUCCCUCUGAGCUGGGACAGACUUCCUCCGCAUGUGACUAGAGGUGGGUGUGGCCUCACCUGUGCAGGUAAGGACAAAAGCACAGGGCAGGGGCAGCCUUCUCUCUCUCUCUUCUCUUCCUUCGAAGAAGCAACAUCUGCUAAGCUAAAGAUGCCCUCUUGGCUCCCAGCCAAGAGAGGAGAAAGGGACUAUCUUCUUAUAAGAUAGAAUCCAAAUGUACAUUACGUUAUUAAGCUGUCUGCCUUCUGGGAUCUGAUGUGAACAGAAUGUGAGUAAACUCUUUUUAUACUUUUGUAAAGGACUGUGUCGUGUCUUGUAUUUUAAGAGGGAAUAAAGGGGAAAUUACCAGAGUGAUUAUUAUAGAGGUUCUAGCGAACCUGAGCAAAUGCUACCAUUGCAAACUUAAAAUAAAUGGGAAUGUUUUACUCUGCUGAUAUUGGAAACUUGUUAACACAAGUUGGAUAAGGAUAUAAUCAGUCAAUAUAUCCUCUCCUGCAUCCCUGAACAUUCCCACAAUAGGUCAAUGCACAUUUAGCAAUAUUUACGUAACAAAUUAUUGCUUUCAGGCACUGGCUUGCCUCUUCCUUUACCCUUCCACUUUUCUGGCUGUGUGUCUACAUUUGCACCUAACUGUAACCCUUUUCAAAAGUUUAAAGAACCGUUUCCUGUCAUCUUCAGAAUACUGUAUGUGAAAAUAGAAAGUUGCAAUAUACUAAGUCAGACAAUUAGUCCAUCUAGUUCAGUAUUGUCUACACUGAGUGACAGUAACUCUUCAAUAUUUGAGACAACUUCCUGUCAGGAAAUGCCAGGAAUUGGACCUGGACCUUUUAAUAUGCAAAACAUGUUAUCUCCCACUGAGCCGCAUCCCUUCCUAACUUGUGAAUGGGGAGCAGAAUCUUGUCAACAGCCCUCACCUUGUCCUCCAUGCAAUCCAUGUCAUUUGUAGCCCACUGGCUGCAAUGGAUGAAGUAUGAAUUAAUUGUCCUAAGCCAGUGCUUGAGAACUAGUGGUCCUCCAGAUAUUGUUUGCCUAUAACACAUCAUCCUUGAUGGCUAUGUUCUAGAUGGGGCUGCUGGGAGUUGCGGAGUUCAACAUCCUCUGGAGGGCCACAUAUUCCUCACCCCUAUAUUAAUCAAUGAGUUGAUUUUACCACCUCUCUUUUCUCUCCCCAUCAUCAUGCCAACAUCUGCCUCAUCUAUGCCAUUGUCUUUAUCCAGUGGUUGGUUCUGUGCCAAUAGAAUGUUUGUGCCGUGGUUUAGAGCUUGACUGCGAUGGUGCUGGUUUGCUCGUCAUUCCUUCGGUCUCUUCUAAUGUAACUUUGAUGUAAGUAAAAAAAAGCGGUAAAUUCUGGGUAUAGCCUUGGAUCUCUGUUCAGCAGCUGGUAAAAGUUAUCAGGGCUAGCUUACAACUGGUAUGUAACCCACAAGGUGUUACUGGCAAAGCAUGCAAAGAUGCUCCUAAGCCAGUUUCUGAGAACCAGCUUAAAAGUGGAUGUGAACAGAAAGUCCAGGAUGCUGCUAUCACCCUCAGAUGAGAUUCUUAUUUAGUGCACACACUGUACCAUUUUGGAAAAGGGCAAAAAAAGGAAUAAUAAACAUCAAUGCCCUCUAGUGAGCACAGGAAUUAUUUUUUAAUUUUAAACAUGAUUUUUUUUAAUGCUGGCACAUGACUGCAAGACCAAUCUCUGAUCAUUAGCCAUGCUGGCUGUAAGCUUAUGGGAGUUGAUGUUCAACAACAUCUGGAAAAUUGGUUACCCAGCUCUGUUACAUGCAUAAAAAAUACAUUUUGUAAGGACUCUUAUAAUAAUGAAGGAAUUCAGAGAGCUGGGAAGAAAUAAAAGUUGCUGAAGUAUUGCUCCAGGGAUAACCUCAUCCUACCUAAAACAAAUGGAAAUACCUCUUUCAGCACAUCGUUAAACUUGGAAUUUGAUGCUACAUGAUGUGCUGAUGGCUACCAACUUAGAUGGUUUUAAAAGCUUCGCAAGUAAGGAUAUAAGUGCUACUAUAGCCCUAAACCACAGAGCCUAGGACUUGCCGAUCAGAAGGUCGGUGGUUCGAAUCCCCGUGACAGGGUGAGCUCCUGUUGCUCUGUCCCAGCUCCUGCCAACCUAGCAGUUUGAAAGCACGUCAAAGUGCAAGUAGAUAAAUGGGUACCGCUCCGGCGGGAAGGUAAACGGCGUUUCCGUGUGCUGCUCUGGUUCGCCAGAAGCGGCUUAGUCAUGCUGGCCACAUGACCCGGAAGCUGUACGCCAGCUCCCUCGGCCAGUAAAGCGAGAUGAGCGCCGCAACCCCAGAGUCAGUCAUGACUGGACCUAAUGGUCAGGGGUCCCUUUACCUUUACCUUUAUAGCCCCAGGAUACUUGAAUACUUAUUGCUGGGCAAGAACCAUGGAAAAGUGCUAUUGUGCUGUGGAAGGGCUCCCCAUAGGCACCUUCUUGGCAACUGCGAGAAAGAGGAUAUUGGACCAGUUGAGGUUUGGGGUCUGAUCAAGUAAGGCUCUUAUUAUGUCCCUCUGUUCUUAAUAAUAGCUUUAUUAUUAGUGUUGAAAUUUCUGGACCCAUUUUUAAAGCUGAGGAUGCUUAUGAAUUUGUGAAUAAAGUUUGUUUGAAAAUGGCCAUCUUCGCUGCUCAGGAUGCUUAAACUGAGCAGUGCUGAAGGACAGACAAAUUAUCUAAUUUAAGGGCCAUAGCACCACUACAUUCAGAAUCAACCUGAGCUUUCUAAAUUGAGGCUUAUUUUGUGUGUGUGCAAGUUUUCAGCCUGCAGUUGUUUAUCUGUGACUUGAUAUGUCCUUUUUGCAAAGAACCGAGUUUAAUUUUUUAUGCUCAUUAGGUUGCUUAGUGAAAGGUGUGCUGAAAAUCUGUUCCAAUCGUGGAAGAGUAAUUGUCUCAUACGGCACAAUUAAGAGACACCAUAGGAAAAUCCCUUGCUGAGUUCUGUGACUAAAGUAUUUCCUGUAUUGUGAGGACCUCUAGGGUUUAUAUUGUUAAGUGCAGAAAAACUAAAGAAAGUCUCUUUUCAUGAACCUGCUCUGUGUGGCGAAUGUCCCUAAAAGGUUAACUGAAGAUCUUCACAAUUAACUAUGUUUAUGUUAUGAACUAACUGAAGAAAGUUAUUAAGAACGUAAGACGAUCCCUACUGGGUCAAGCCAAAGAUCUAGUCCAGGAUCUGUACUCUUAGUGGCCAGUCAUAUGCUUAUAGGAAGCAACACUGCUUUGCUCACUUGCAAUUCUCAGCAACCAUCCAGAGACAUUUUGCCCCUGAAAUAGGACAUAGUACAUAGACACUGCAGCUAGUAGCCACUAAUAGCUUGAUGAAUUCAUCUAAAACUGCAGUUGUUGAAAAAAACAGGCUAUUAGCAAAUAAUGCUCAUGCACAUAUAUACAUUUAUUUACAUAUUGAUUGAUUUAUUCUGAUCACUUGUCUCUCAUCCUUUAGUGUUUCCACUAACAAGGUGGCUUACACUAAUACUGAGCAAGCAAUAAAAUCAACCUACAUGGAAUAAUUUCAUUUGUGGAAAUGUUUGUCAACUGUAUAACCUGGUAUCAAUAAAAUGUGCAUGUACAGUGUACUGGUUUGAUGUAUGCUGUGAGUCAUUCAUCUUUUGUCUGUUUGUUGUUGUGUUGCAGGUCCCUAAAAGGGAAUCAGCUGAGAAAGCUUAUUGCCAAUGUUUUCAAAAAAUAUCAGGAUCUUCAAUACCUGUAAGACAACAUUUUAACUUCAAAUUACCAGCCUAUUGCAACAUAAUUGUUUUGUGAUGUAGUGACCAAAGAUGAGUUCACACGUUACAUUUAUCAUGGGAAGUGUUUGUUGGAACUAUGGUUUGAUCACUUGACUGCCUGACAUGCUACUGUCAUGGAUCUGCUGGCUGUACAAUUAACUGACAUUGGGAGGCAAGUUGAGAGGUGAUAGUUGUAUCAAGUGUUUGUAUGAACUCAGCCUGAAGCUACAAUCCUAGCCACAUUUACUUGGGAGCAUGCCCCAUAGCAUAAUCUCUGAGAUGACCUAUAUAGGAUUGCAAACACAAGGUUAUGCUUCUAAUUAUGUCAUGUACAUAUAAACUGUUGAAACUGGUGGAGUAUACUUAGAGGUAUAUGUUUUCAAGAUCCGGAGUAGAAAGGCUCCUAUAUGAACUACAAGCUCUAAUAUGAACGUAUUUAUGUUGUUCAUUUAGGCUGUUCAUUCAAGCCUAACCAAUUGUUUUAUUAAUAUUUGAGUCUAACCAAUGGAUGGUCAAGAAUAACCACUCAGAUUCUUACUGGCAGUAAACUUAUCCUAAAGUCGAUCUUACUGUCCAUCAUAUUAUAAAGAAGUACAGUUUAGAACAGAGCAAUACGACAAAGAACCAAAAGUAAACUUAGCAAAACAGUAUGAGAUUCUACAUAUGGGGGGUAUUCUUUGUCCUUUAAGUAAAUUUUCAUUUAAUCAUGAUGAAUUUGUUUUUUAAAUAUGACCAUUUAUGAAAUAAUCUUGUACUGACUGAAAUUUAGUUUUUUGGACAAAAAGAGAACAAGCAUGUUGAUUUUACUUUCCUUUUACAAUAUUUCUUCAAAUGCCAUAUAGUUCAACCAUUCUUGAAUCUUGCACCCUCUUCUGGCCAUACAUUUAAGGACAGUUAUGACUGUAAAUUCUGUAGGAAAAUAUAGUGCUGUCAUUAAAGGAGGCAAAUAGUGGAAAUGCAGAAUACAGUUGUUUGAUUUGCUUUGGUCAUCUGCUCAGUUCUUUCUUGAAAGCCACAGUCAAGCUUCCCAUAUUUUAAUUAUAGAAGGGAUACAUUUUAACAUAAAAAUAUUAAAAUGUUGAGGUCCCUGAGAAGCUGGACUAAAUUAUUAUUAUUAUUAACAUUUUAUUGGUGGCCACCUAUAUCAUUCAGGCUCUGUAAAUAUUUUUUAAAAUGAUCUUCUAUUGUCAUUAUCUUCACAGGUACCUUCAAAAUAAUAAUAUAAGUUUUGUAUCAGGACAUGCUUUCAGAGGACUCUACAAUCUGACAAAGCUGUAAGUACUUCCCCUGCAGUUCUACAAUAUAUUCAAUAUAUUCCCACAUUAAUAAUUGUAAUAAUGACUUCAGUAGGUUCGUUGUCACAUACAUAAACAAAAAGUGUCAUCUGUUAUCCCCAUAAGAGUCUCUAAAAUUGCCCAACUAAGCUACAACCAGAAGCUGUCAAUGGAAAACCCAGAUGUACUGCUGCAGACAAAUAAGUUUACAAACUCUGUGUGAUAUAUGCCUAAAUCUGACUGGUAGGGCAGAUCCUAAACUCCCCACCUCACCCCUGAAGGCCAUUUUGACAGGUAGGCAGGACAGUCAACCACCUGGUGUCACACGAGUCAACAUCAAAGGAAGAAUUGGCUUCUCAAUGUGUGAUCCUGAUACUUCCAUUGCUUGCAGUCAAGCAAUGCCAGCAAAGGAAGAAUUGGGAGUGCACUCUUGUGUGCUCCUGAUUCUUCUUUUCCAGCUGUAGGUCAAGGCUCUACAAUGUUAGGCAGGGAUGUAGGAAACCCAGUUGGAAUUCCCACUCAACUACGUACUUAACUGUUAUGGCGCUUUUCCAAACACAAAAAUCAUGCUCAAAGUGGCCGUUCUGAAAGGCCCUAGGGUUUCAAACACCACUCUGAACAAUUCAAUAGGAUAGGGGGAAAAUGAAUGGAUGAAAAACCAAACAGUGCUCAAUGACCUUCUAUUAUGUUUUAUUGGUCUUGUUUCAGAUAUCUGAGUCACAACAAGAUAACCUUUUUGAAACCCCAUGUCUUUGAAGAUCUACAUAAACUUGAAUGGCUGUAUGUACCGCCUUUGUAUCUCAUUAAGGCUACAAUCCUGAGCAUACUUACUGGGGAAUAAGGCCCAUUGAAUCCCAAUAAAUGAUAAAGUGAGAAGGGGUGCUGUUUUAAGGAUUAAAUCCUAUAUAACAAUAUGGAACAUAUCUGACUAGAUAGACAUGCAUAAGAUUGUUCUAUAUACAGUGCACAUCACAACCUCUUCCCUUUGCCAAGAGAAUGAGAAGAAUCUCAGCUUUGCAGGGGGGGGGGGGGAUUGGGUUGCUUUUUUUCCUAAGGGAAAACUACUGUUUUGGAUAAAACUUUGCACCUCAUGAAAUGGAGGGGAAAGGAAAAAUCAUUAAGAUUUGCUGUUAAAUCCAAAAAAAAGAUUGUUGCAAUUUAUCUAUUUGCUUUUCUGGAAGUAUCAUCAGUGGGGGAAAUGUUCACUCACAUUUUUAUUCCUUUAAGAAACAGAUCUAAAUCAGUCCGUUUGGAAGAUGUGUUUUGGCAGGGUCAUCUCGCUUUCCCAUUCCUGAUUUUAGCUUGGACAGAAAUCUGUAACUAGACAUCUUGACACUGUUACCAUACUUUAAAAAACGGAACAGUUUCAUUGUUACUAGUAGUCGUGAUUUAAAAGCAAACAAUGCUGAGCAGAGGGCAUUAGUGACAUAGCUGUCAGUAUUCUGAAGAAUUAACUGCAUGACAACUUUUUCUACUGCACCUUUUCAAAGGAAGUAUUGUCUUAUGGGAUCUGUGACAUACAGCAGCUUCAAAAUAAUGUUCUGUGAAGUGUCAAAGUGCUCAUCAAGCACUGCAGAAGCUGACAAGAAAAUUGUUCAUUUAAGUUCCUUUCCCUCCCACCCCCAAACCUAUUUUUAAUCUCUCGGGGGGGGGGAUAGUUUCUGUCAUCAUUUUGAGAUAAGAACACACUUACCUAGAAGUGAAAGCCACCAAAUUCAGCAGGAUUUUUCUCCUGACAGUGGUUGCCUCUUAAAUCAUAGACACCUUCAGUGUGGUCACGCCAUUUGUGUGCCCAUCUGAACCACAAACUGAGAUGAUUGUGUUGAUUUCAUACCAAUAACUCUAUGAAUUGGCUUUCUGUGCUGCUGAGGUCCCCAGAGCCUAAUUUGCAGUGGUUUCAAGGAAAUGAGCCUGAGUUCACAAUAUGGACUAGAAAAUGAUUGGCACAUUGUAAGUGGUUGUAUGAUGCCAUGAUAGCAAUCCAUUUUUAUCUACUGUUAUAAAUGAAUAUAGCUUAUAAAUCUGGGGGAAACAGGUUGCUAUGACUUAAGCAGUAUUUUUAACCUAAUAUGCACCAUUUUCUGAUUUACAGCAUAAUUGAAAACAAUACGAUAAAAUGUGUCUCACCACUAACCUUUUAUGGGCUGAACUCACUAAUUCUUCUGUAAGUAUUGAGAAAUUGAUGUAAAAUACCAUUUAUAAUUUUAAAAAAUACAAAAGCAAAGAGCUAUGUUGAACAGGAUAGUAUCUCCAACCUCAUCCCCAUUCCCACCCCCACUCCACAUGAGAGAAUAAGUUAAUGUACUCUAAUCAGCAACACUUUACUAUCUUCCCAGUGGUUUUUCACUUCAGAAACAGAAAUAGGCAUAUUCCACUCUCUGAAGUCAUUCUUUUGCUCUUAAUAUUAUCAUUACAGUGAAAAUAAACCAACAAAACUUUAGGGGACCGUUGAAAUUAGUUGUUUAAAUGAACUUGAUUAACAAAUAUAAGUAAAGAUUACGAGAGGUUGCUUAUAAUAGAAAUUGCUCAUUAUAGAAAACAGUUUUCCCCAUGAAAUUUUCAUAUUCAUGUUUUGAUAUUAUCAGCAAAUGCAAAUGGUUUUGCUGCUGCAAUGAAGUGCUGUUUAUAAAAUUGUUCAUUGCAGCACAAACCUUUGUUGCACCAAGACAACAUUUCAGGUCUUUCUCCCCAAUUUGGACUCCACUUUUAACUUUCUUAGCAGAAGUUGUUCUCUUAUUAAAGAGACCCCAGUUUUCCCCAAUUACACUUACCUCUUUAGGUUGUUCAGAAAGAUUGAGGGAAGAGGGAGCUUUGUCAGAGCUGUAUGUCCAACAGUGAAGUGGUACCACCACCCUCUUACAGUGACAAUACUAUAUUACCCAUAUUUUUAAGUGGAGCAUUGGGUUCUGAAACAUCUCUACAAGGGAAUCAAACACACGUGAAAAACCUACUACUCUUGAAGGUUACUUUAAAAUAACUGCUGAAACCCAGAUAACCAUCUUUCCAUUACCAUCAACCUAAUAAUAUUAUUUUUCUUUCUCUAGAGUUCUGAUGAACAAUUCUCUUGCCCAGUUGCCUGAUAAACAUCUUUGUCAACAUAUGCCAAGGAUAAACUGGCUGUGAGUCCACAUUUUCCUAUGUUACUUUAUCAUUAGAUUUGGUUUGAAUCAAAUGUGUCCCGUUUCUUGUUCAUAAAGAUUUAGCAAUUAUGUAUUGAAAACAAGAAAAAAUAGUUAUUUCUUAUCACAGGAAAAGCAGGUUUGGGCUUUUGCAGUGACUAUUUAUUGGACUGCAUUUUCUGUUGAUUCCAGUGAAGUUUGUUUGUUUGCACUGCAGUGUGGUUUCUACAAUAGUUCUGGAAAACAGAGUGAAAAAGACAACAUGCAUGCGAAGAGUCCCACCAUAUUAUCAGUCCGUAUAGAAGUAUCUGAGGAAUAUUUGCUGUUAAGAAUUAACAGGAUAUUUCCUUUUUUUCCCCCAGGGACUUUGAAGGCAACCAUAUCCACAAUUUCAGGAACGUCACUUUCAUCUCCUGUAGGAGUUUAACAGUCCUGUGAGUUUAAAACAUUACUAUUGAGCCAGGACCUUAAUGGUCCUAACAACUUACCUGCAUUGGCCUUGCUGGAGAAGGAAUUACAUACAGCUAUGGAAGAAUCUUUGUAACCAUUAAGUCAACCUUGAUUGCUCAAGGCAUAUGGAGCAGAGCCUGAUCUGAAGAACUUAGUGAGCCAGAGAAGGGAUGGGGAACCUGUAUCCCUCCAGAUGUGGCUGAACUCCCAUCUGUCUCAGUUAGCAUGGCAAGUGGUAUGGGGUGAUGGGAGUUGUAGUCCAACAACAUCUGGACAGUAAGUUGUAGUCCAUCAAUAUCUAGUUUCCCAUUCCUAGGUCAGAGACUACAAACGAUUAGAAGAAGUCUCACCUUAAAACCCACUAAAAUAGCUUUUGUCAUUUCAGCGUUUUGAGAAGAAACAAAAUCAGCUCUGUAAAUGAAAAUAGCUUCUCUGCUCUUCAGAGAUUAGCUGAACUGUAAGUAAACAUUUUCCCUGAGAGCAGAUUAACUACUUUUUUGUGAUCACAUCUUGUAAGCAAGCAUAUAGUUUAUAUUAUUGUGACUGUGUGUGUUUAGUCCUUCAAGCACUAGAGUCAAAUUGUCUCAAAAAUGGGGAGGGGGCCAGUCAGGACUGGGACAGUGGCACAAGGAGAAGGGGGAAUUAAAGAAGACAGAAUUAGGGUGCUUCUUAAGUUUUGAAGCAUUGAUGGCAAAAUAAGCAAUCUGUUUACUAAAUUCUGGAGAUUUCCCCCCACAGAGACUUGGCUAACAACAAGAUCGAAUCGCUUCCUCAACACCUAUUUAAGGAUCUGAAAGAACUCUCACAGCUGUAAGAUCUGUAAUAAGUCCAUUGUUCUUUGAAUGUAAAUCAUUAAAUGUUUUUAAUUGUUUUUCUCUGGUUUGAAAUCGUGUUAGAAUGAAAAGGUGCACCUGCAUAUUAUAUGUAUGAUUUCUUUUUGAGAUGGCUGUCCCCAAUAUUUUUGCUUUGAUGUCUGUUAUGCUGAAUUAAGAUCGCUUUCCGAGAUUAUAUUAGUAUUGCCCAUUGUUUGUAAUUUUAGGCUGCAAUGUUGUAUGUACCUGCUUACCUAGAAGCAAGACCCAUUGAACUCAAUGGUAUUUACUUCUAAGCAGACAUAUAUAUUAGGACAUACAGUCCCAUAACUCCAGGACUUACAAAGUGAGAUCUUCUAAGUGAGAAGCUUCAGUAAGAGUUUUCAAUAUAAUUUCAAAUCCUGAAGCAGAAGAAAAAGCAAAGAUUAUUUACUUCAGUUUGUUUGCUUUUUUAAAGGAAACAACUACUCUUUUAUCUACAACUCAAUAUACUGAGUGAAUAAAGACACACUUUCUUAUAGAAAUGCUACUUUAAUUAAAUUUUCUGGGCCAGUUGUGGGUUUUGUUGUUUUUGGCAAUUGUUAUUUGUUGAAUCUGUUUAGUCACAAUUUACACUCAACUGCACAAUCAAUAUUAAUAUGCACAUAUUUUCAUUUUUGGUAAUUGAGUCAUGAUAACAUCAAGUACACAUGACAGAACAAUAAAAUUGCCAUUUAAGCUAUGACUUACUCUUGUUCUUUUGACAGAAAUCUUUCAUACAAUCCAAUCCAGAAAAUAGAAGCAAACCAGUUCGAUUAUCUUAUUAAACUCAAUUCACUGUAAGUGUGUGUCUUCCUUUUGAACAUUUCAUCAGCUAAGACAAUGCGUUCUAGUAUUUAGCUAUUCUGUUUUAGAACUAGGUAAUUUUUAAUUAUGGAUAAAAUAUGAUGUACCAAGGUUAAUUGGAAAUGGCAGAAAUAAUUGAUAUAUGCCUUGAUUAAUGUAGUUACUUUAGUCUUUAGAAACCUUCAAAUCACAAACUAUAUGAAAACAAAGGAAUCUGGCUAUAUUUAGAAAAUUUCUAAUUAUUAAAUUUGGCUGUUAAAUAGUCCAAUAAACGAUAACAGCCUUCUUUUGAAUAUUUAGAAUUCUCAAGCAGCUGCUAGACUACUAUGUGUCUUCAAUUAAGUCAAAAUACUUGGGACAUAAUUUUGACAUCACAGACUUUAGUGUACUUUGAGCUGAAAGCACUGUAUUCAGUAUAACUUUGUGCUACCAUUAAUUAACUUGCCAGCAAAAUACAUUUUAAAGAUACAUAGGUUAUGCUGAAGGAACAAAUUUAUUUUUCAGUAAGUUCCCUAUUAAUAAGACAUAAACUCUGUUUUUAAUGUUUAUAGAAGCCUAGAAGGCAUUGAAAUUACAAAUAUCCAAAGAAGAAUGUUCAGCCCACUUAAAGAGCUUUCCCAUAUGUAAGUAUCAUCUACAAAAAAAACUUAACAAAUAGCAAGGAUAGAUACCUAACCUAUCAUCUCCCAUAGAAAGGUAGCAGGGAGACCUGCUAAGACAAUUCUUUGAGAUCUUCUGUGUGCUAGAUAGACCAGUUGAUUUAUUUGAUUCCAUUAGAAAGCUUGCAUAAGGGGGGGGGGGGUUACAUAAUUGUGCCCUUCUACACUUCAUGCUACACAAUUUCUUGUGCAAAGCCUUAUGCAUAUCUGUACAUAAACAUGAUAACUGUUUAGUGCUUGGACACACUCUCAUCAGGAUUGUUGCCAUAGCUAAUGCCAAUUUCUACAACAAAAUACAAAAUCCUAUAUAUAGAGGUUAACUAAUAUUCAUGUACUGUACAUGAAUAUGCAAUGUGUAUUUAUCAAGCAUCAACUAAAUAAAAUUCAGGUCAUUUUUCCAACCAGUUCUCUUCUUAAUCUCAGGGUCGUGGGUUUGAGCCCAACAUUGGGCAAAAAGAUUCCUGCAUUGCAGGGGGUUGGACUAGAUGACCCAUGUGGUCUCUUCCAACUCUAUGAUUCUCUUUACCUUAUUAUAGUUUGUACUAGUUCAAGGAAUAUAUGCAUUAUAUUAUAAGGCAUAUAAUCCUGUACACCAAAGAUUGAUAUGCAAAUUCCCUCUGCUUUUUUACCCUCCAGAUAUUUCAAAAAAUUUCAAUAUUGUGGCUAUGCUCCCCAUGUACGCAGCUGCAAACCAAAUACUGACGGAAUUUCCUCCUUUGAGAAUCUCUUGGCCAGCAUUAUACAGAGAGUAUUUGUCUGGGUUGUGUCUGCUGUCACUUGCUUCGGGAACAUCUUUGUCAUCUGCACGCGGCCUUACAUUCAGUCGGAGAACAAACUCCAUGCUCUGUCGAUAAUGUCACUCUGCUGUAAGUAUCUAGGCAUGCCUCGCUCUUUGCUAGAUUUUCACCAGAGGUUAUUUAAAGAGAGUGUAAACGAGGCUAGAAUAAAUAACAUACACUCGCAUGUUUUCUCCAUAGGUGCAGAUUGCCUCAUGGGAAUAUACUUGUUUAUGAUUGGAGCCUUUGACCUGAAAUACCGUGGGGAGUACAAUAAGCAUGCUCAGUUGUGGAUGGACAGUAUCCACUGUCAGCUGGUGGGAUCUCUGGCUGUUCUAUCUACAGAAGUAUCCGUUUUAUUGCUAACCUACCUGACUUUGGAAAAAUACAUCUGCAUAGUUUACCCAUUUAGAUUCUUGAGGCCAGGAAAAUAUAGGACAAUUUCCAUAUUAAUUCUCAUCUGGAUAAUAGGGUUUGUAGUUGCUUUUAUUCCACUCAGCAAUAAGGAUUUUUUCCAUAACUACUAUGGCACUAAUGGUGUCUGUUUCCCUCUCCACUCUGAGCAGUCUGAAAGUACUGGAGGUCAGAUUUAUUCUGUCAUAAUUUUCCUAGGUAAGUAAACUCCAGGUUCAUUUCUCCCCAAAGCAAGUCCUUUAUGUUCAUGACUGCCCUGAUCUUGUAAUUAUCAGUGCCUCCCUCAUGCCAUCUGAAGCAAUUUGCAUCUUUUAAAACCUGUGUGUUAAAUUCAUGUCAGAUUAUACAUAAUUUGGCCAGAAGACCCUAUUCUAAUCUGCUCAUACUCUGAAUAUGGAUGCUCAUCUUAAUGUCUGCUUUCAUCUAUGAAACACAAUUUUAUAUAGGUUUUUUUAAAUUCUUGUUUUACAGCACUGAAUAUUCAUUGUGAAAUAAUAAAUUUACAGGUUAAAUCACAUAUAUUACUGUGAAGAACAGCUGUAACCUACAAACUGCUUAAACCAUAGAACUCACGCAGAAGUUAGCAAGACUAAACAAGAGUCAAUUAGUCUGCAUACAUUAUUGUUAAUGGCGUUUUAAUGCUGCAAUCUAAAAAGCAGUUACGUCCAGCAAAUGUGAACGUACAGAUAUAUUUCAGUUCUGAACCUUUUACAUUUGCACACCAUACAUACUAGUCAUCAGAUGACAAAGAGACUCCUAAAUAGAAUUAAAACUGUUUCUAUUUUGCAACAGGUGUAAAUUUGGUAGCGUUUAUCAUCAUAGUAUUCUCCUAUGGAAGUAUGUUUUAUAGCGUCCAUCAGACAGCGAUUACUGCAAUGGAAAUCCAGAAUCAUGUGAAGAAAGAGAUGACCCUUGCCAAACGCUUUUUCUUCAUCGUAUUUACGGAUGCACUAUGCUGGAUACCCAUAUUUACACUAAAAUUGCUUUCCUUACUUCACGUAGAAAUUCCAGGUAUUGCCAAUUUCCUUUCCAAUUGCUCUGUUGUUGUUGUUUUCAGUCUGUAAUAGGGAACUCAAGGGCAACUUACUUCUCCUGGACCAUAGAAGAGGGCAAGUGGGCAAAUCUAAAACAGCAUGGGCCCUGCAUUUUAAAAAAUGCACCAUCUUCACCCUUUAAGCAUUCCUGCUCAGAGUUCCAACCAGCUAUGCCUGCUUCCAAGACACUAUAAUAUGUAAGGUCAAUAAUGCAAUUGUAUCCUUCUACUGCUCCCCCUUGUGAUUUUUUCAUUUCUAAAUGAUGCUCAGAAUUCCGUUUAACUUACUUGGUGCUCAUUGCACAGGGACGGGCUUUUUGCCCCCUUUGUUUUUUGUAAGGUGUUAAAAUUGUACUUCUUGGGCUUCCUAACAGCAUGCUAACACCUCCCUCUUCUUUCUCAGUUGCUCUGUUUGGCUCCAGCCCUUUGUAGUCAGCCACCCAAUUUUGCUGUUGGAGGAAGUGAUGCCUAUUUACUCUAGUGCACAUUAGAAUAUCAAUCAAUAUGUUCAAAUGUUUGGCAAGAUUUGAAAUGUUGCAUAUAUCCACCGUAAUAUCUGGUCUAGUAACAUCCUAUAGCACAGGUGGGGAAAACCUUUGGCCCUCCAGAUGUUGAACUACAACUCCCAUCAUCCCUGACAAUUGGUCCUGCUUGCUGGGGUGGAUGGGAGCUGUAGUUCAGCAACAUCUGGAGAAUCAAAGGUUCCCCACACUGCCACAACAUAUACCAUGUUUGUUAAAAAUACGCAGGCACAAUUAAGUGAAUAAUGUAUUUUUUCCUUUCCCUUUAGGUUCUAUAACUUCCUGGGUUGUGAUUUUUAUAUUACCAAUAAAUAGUGCCUUGAACCCUCUUCUCUAUACAUUAACCACUAGGCCUUUCAAGGAAAUGAUUAAUCAAGUUUGGCACAAUUACAAACAAAGAAGAUCCUUGGCAGGCAAAAACAGCCAGAAAAUGUAUGGUCCAUCAUUUAUCUGGGUAGAGAUGUGGCCUACGGAAGAAACCUCACCAGAGUUGACAAAUCCUGCCAAUUUUACAGAUUCCUCUGAGAGUUAA